UUUGUUUUUUAUUUUAGCUGUAGAUUAUACAUCAUUAGGUUAUUUGUGACAUAACAAUGGCGGGCGAAGAAGAACAAGGACUAAAAGAAUGUGAGGCUUAUGUGCACGAACAUAAAAUACAGCAAACAUUAAAAGACUGUAUUGUGCAGUUAUGUAUCCACAAGCCAGAAAAACCAAUGAAAUUUCUUCGUGAACAUUUUGAAGCUUUGGAAAAGGAAGAAGCUGCCCCUCCCUCCCCCUCGUCAACCAACGAGAAGUCUAACCAGGAAAGUGGUGAAGAAGAGCCAGCGGUUACUCCGCCGACAAAACUCUUUCAAACCCAGCGUCGUGGAGCUGUCAGUGCAGAGGUUUACACUGAUGAUGAUGUCACUAAUUAUGUGAAAAAGGUGAUUACAAAGGAUUACAAAACCAUGGCUUCUUUAUCGAAAGCAAUCGAGAAGAAUGUUUUGUUUGCCCACUUGGACGACAAUGAACGCUCGGAUAUUUUUGACGCUAUGUUCCCAGUACAACACAUAGCUGGGGAGUAUAUUAUCAAGCAGGGUGAUGAUGGAGACAACUUUUAUGUCAUGGACCAGGGAGAAGUCGAUAUUAUUAUCAACAAUAACUACAUCACCACUCUGGGCGAUGGAGCAAGUUUUGGUGAGCUUGCACUGAUCUAUGGAACACCUCGCGCUGCCGACGUGCGCGCAAAAACCGACCUAAAAUUGUGGGCCAUUGACCGUGAUAGUUACCGUCGUAUUUUGAUGGGUAGCACACUCAAAAAACGUAAAAUGUACGACGAGUUUCUCAGCAAAGUUUCCAUUCUCGAGUCCUUGGAUAAAUGGGAGAGGCUCACAGUUGCUGAUGCGUUGGAACCCGCACAGUUUGAAUCAGGGCAAGAGGUUGUGGUGCAAGGAGACUCUGGGAGUGACUUCUAUAUAAUAGUGGAGGGAACAGCAGCUGUUUUGCAAAGACGUUCGGAUAACGAGGAAUACACACAAGUAGGAACACUGGGUGCAUCAGACUAUUUUGGUGAAAUCGCGUUGCUCCUUGAUCGCCCUCGAGCGGCGACUGUUGUGGCUCGUUCUGUUCUCAAAUGCGUCAAGCUUGAUCGACCACGGUUCGAGCGCGUCCUCGGGGAAUGCUCUGAAAUUUUGAAACGAAACAUCCAACAAUACAACAGCUAUGUUUCUUUAUCUGUUUGAACAAAAAAAUCCCCACACUAACUUGUAUAUACUCCACUAUGUAAAAGCAAAGUGGUUCAAAACAAUUUUAAACUAAAAUAGCGGUAGAAAGCACAAGUUUUCUAUUAUAUAAUCAAAUUCUCAUGAUUCAAGCACUAAUUCUUCAAAUCGCAGGCAAAAAUCAAAUCAAUGAAAUGAAAUAUUUUUCAGUUAAUCAACCUCGUCCAAUAAAAUUUUCUUCCUUUCUUUUCUGGUUGUUUGUAGUAAAAGUGCUCGACACUGACAUCUUGUGGAAACUUCUUUAUCAUGGAAAUAGUAUAAGGUUCUGUUUAUUCUGUACAUACAUUGUUUCUUGCUGUUAUUAGAUGUUAUACAUGUUUUGAUUUGACUCAUAAAUAUAAAUGCUUAUAAACAUCA